AUGGAAGAGGCGAGGGCGUGCGAGGGUGUUAUUGAGAAUAAUCAGGGAAGAGAAGGCAUGUUGGAAUCUGUAAUGAUCGGUAAUAAAUUUAAAGAUAUUCGUAUGUCGGUUUUGGAAGGAAACUUGGAGGUUGUUGAGGAAAAUGAGGCUGUGGAUCAAGGUGAUGACACGUUGCAGUUACACAAGUCUGAUUCGCCAUCAAAUAUAGAAGUUUCUGAUAAAGGUAUCAAUUUAUUUGUGCAACUUUUAUGUUCCCAAAAUGGAAUUAAUGAAGGCUGCAAAAAUGUGAGGAGCUCGGGGGAACUCGUAGUGAGAGGUAAUGAUUUGGAUCAAGGCGAGCAAGAACACAAGUUUGGUGUGGGCGAUAUGGUAUGGGUCAAAACUCCAAAUCAGUUGUGGUGGCCAGGGAUGAUACAUGAUCCUUCAACAGCUUCAAAGGAUCCAGAAAACUUCGAAGAAACGGAUUAUUUCCUGGUUAAAUAUUUUGGCAAUGUUAAUUCGCUUUGGUGCCCCAGUUCUAACUUGAAGCCUUUUCUUGAGUACUUUGAACAGAUGCUAAUGCAAAGCAACUCUAGUAUCUUUCUUGGUUCGGUAGAGAAGGCUUUAAGUGAGAUUGGUUGGCGUGUACAGGCAGAGAUGACUUGCCCGUGCUUCUUGAAGGAAAGUCAAAAACUUGACGCUCGAUGUUCGGCGGAAAAUCAGGUGGUGAAUUCAAUAUCAAAGCAUAAUAAAAUGGGGAAAUCUGAUGUUCUUUCGUUGUCUCGGUUCGAACCCUCAAGUUUUCUUGCACUUGUUAGACGUCUUGGCCGAGUGGGUUCUUUACCUGGUAAAAUUGAGUUCACCAUCAUCAAGAACCGUCUUUCAGCAUUCUAUAGUUCUGUUGGGCAUUGCCAGUUGCCCUUGCUGCAACUCCGGUCACCGCCAAUUGGUGACACUUCGCAGAAUGAUAGAGACUCGUGGACAUCGCUGCUGACUUACAAAGACGGGAAUAAUACUUCUGAAGGCAACAGAAACUGUGUACAAAUUGGCAACGACGACUCAACCCUGUCGAAGUCGGGGAACAGGGAUCACAGUGAUGAUACUGAAGCUGUUCUUGAUGGCAAAUCAAUGUCGACUGGUAAAGGGCAUGAAUCCAGAGAACGGAAGAAGAGCAGGUAUUUAUCCUAUCCUUACGUGGACGUGAAUCAGGGUUUGAAAACUGUGGUUGAAAAUGGAACAGAAGGUCCGGAGCAAAUCGCUCCAUCGAGUGACAAGAAUACACAGAAAAAAGUCUCAAAGAAACCUUUCAAGGGGCCUCAUAAAGUCGGUAAAUCGGACAGUGUUGAGGCAUCGUCAGCUCAAUUGCUAGCUGAACUCCGCACGACAGCUCUUGAUAGUUUCUAUCUCAAAAAGGGAAAACAUUUUGAUUCACUGAAGAUAUUUUAUUGUAGUUUCAGACAAUUCAUAUUUUUAGACCAUGAAAAACUCCAAAACUGUCCAGAAGCUGAUAUUUUUCCAAGGAAGGCUAAAAAGAAGAAUGGAGGAGUAAAGUCGGCAGGUGUAAAGGCUACUGAUGAUUCUCUGGGCACAAGCGCAAACAAUGAUACAAAUAAUUCGUCCAUGAUUGGGGCCCAAGAUACAGGGUCUGAUGUGCCAACAAAGGGAAAAACCACGAAGACAAAGAGGGCAGGAGCAACACCAGAACUUCCUCAGGUUGACAAUAUUUCUUUUCAGACGGGCACAGCCGAUAUUACAAAUAACUCGUCUCUGAUUGGCAGCCAAGAGAUGGGUUCUGAUGUGCCAACAAAGGGAAAAACUUCGAAGACAAAGAAGGCAGGAGCAACACCAGAACUUCCUCAGGUUGACAAUAUUUCUUUUCGGACAAGAACAAACGUUAUUACAAAUAACUCGUCUCUGAUUGGGGGCCAAGAGAUGGGUUCUCAUGUGCUAAGUAAGGAAAAAUCUUCCAAGAAGAGAAAGAUGGCUGGAGCAACACUAGAACUUCCUCAGGUUAACAUGAUCGAUGGGUUACUGAGUUUGUAUGGAAACAACCUGAGCUUUUCAGUGGAAAAAGUGCCAUUUAGUGGAACUUCUACUUCUAAAGGUAAACUCGUACCAAAGCGGAAGAAGGAUGGAUUAGCUGUGCCUAAUAAAAAUGCUGUUGACUCUACGGAUGCAAACAUAAUCAGCUUUACAACUCCCCCGGGGUUUAAAGACGUGCAAAUAACAGUCCGGAGUAAUUCACAGCUGAACAAUGGAGCAGAUGUAAAAGAUUGUGCUAAAUUUACAAAUGCAAAAUCUACUGCUCGAGAAUCAGAAGCGAAUAUAAAUAAAACCGGGCUUGGCUCUUCAGUGCAAACUUCACUUCCUUCACAAUCCGAUUCUCAGCUCGAGGGCCAGAAAAGAAAAAAGGCAAAUACUGAUCCAGUUGCUUCUCCCAUACCAGAUUUGAAUGGAGAUGUGUCAGAACCCGGCCCACAGGGGAAGGAUAUGGCCGAGGUAAAUGCUGUAUCACCUGAUGGUGGUAAACCUGAGCCAAAGAGGAGGCGGAGAAAUAUAUCUGCUGCAUCAGGUUCAAAUGUGACUACUAAUAAGAUGUCCAAAAAAGAAGAUUUAGGUGCCAUUCUCUUCUUGAACUUUGCUCCAGGAUCCCCUCCGCCUGCUAAAGAAACAUUUAUCCCAAUAUUCUCAAGAUUUGGGUUGUUGAAAGAAUCAGAAACCCGGAUUAUUGACGACUCAAUGGCCCAGAUCGCAUAUGAAAGAAAAUCAGAUGGUGUUUUUGCAUGCCGAAGCUUGGAGAAGAGCAAUCCAUGGGGAGCAUCACUUGCCAAUUACAACAUCAUCUUCCCAGGCAGCUCACAAACAAUAGAACAAAAAAAGGGCGUGCAUACUCCACGUCCCUUUUUGCCUGCAAAAGCGCGCAAGACAUUGGCCAAGCGUCCAGAGGCAUCUAACCUUAUAGCCAUGAGGAAAAAUGUCGAGAUGAUGAAGUCCUUUCUUGAAAAGGAAGGCAAUGCUCUUUCACCAGAGACCAGAACCAAGUUGGAGAACGAGAUAAAAGGGUUCUUGAACAAAAUAAGCACAAUGGUCGGCUCCUCUUCGUCGUAG